AUGUCGAUGUUCCGCGCCAAGAAGCUCGAUCUGGGCUGUUUCGUUAACGUCCGCACCCUACGCGACCACACAAAGCGAAAGGUCUUUGAGGCCCACGAGACCGAGAGGCUAACUCGAGGCCAACAGACAAGCUCUCCGAUACAUUAUCCGCAACACAACCCUCCCCCACGAGUCCGCGCCGAGGCACAGCUCCAAUUGACACAGAUGCACUGCUACACUCGGCCAACGCAGAUUCGAAACAGAUGUAUUAUGGGCGGUCAAGGACGUGGUGUGUUGAGUGAUUUUAAGAUGACUCGAUACAAUUUCCGUAUGGAGGCUAUGGCUGGAAACUUGCCUGGUGUGAAGCGAGCCAGUUGGUAA